UGAAGCAGUGAUGGACAAAGAUGCUUUAAAGGUUUUUAAAAGGCAUCUCCAACUGUGUGGAAUUGAGAGUUUUGCUCAGGAUUUUAAUCUGCAGGACACGGGGACACAUUCUGUCUGCAUCAAGAUGAUGGGAUUUCACAUUUUGGCCCAGUUAUGAUCCAAGCCUCAGUCUACCACUUGGAGAUCGGAGAUACCUUCUUAAAGGAGAGUUUGACUUAAUUUCAGCUCAGGAUUUGAACCCUAUUUAAAUUCUUUAUUCAUUUGCAUACUGAAUCUAAAGGUUUUUGCAUUUAGUUUUAAAUAACUCAUUUUUUCUGUGGACUCUUAGAAUGAAAUUUUAAAUAUCAGGGAGUCUUUCAGUACAAAAUAAUAUCUGGAGCGCACUUGAGAUUUGGACUUUUCUCUAUUUGGAUGUGAAUUUUCGGUCACAUCAUGUCUUGGUUUUCAUCAUUUAAGGAUUUGAAGCUGUUAAUUAAUAACUAAGCUGAAUUUUUAAUUAUUCAGCAUUUUAACCUGCUUACUUUGAUUGAAAUAGAAGAUGGGAUAGACACAUUUUUGAAAAAUGGAUAACAGAGAAGCUGAUUUUCAAACUUUACUGUUUAUGCUAAUUGUAUAAUCUUAUUUACAGUUUUAUUUACAGUCCAACUCAUGUUUUUUUUUUUUAAAGAACCUUAAUCACUUUUGUCUUACUUUAUUUCUUUUUUUUGUCUUUUUUACUGUUAGACAAAUUCUUCUGCAGUUGGGAAUAGUACCUUCAGCUUCACCCCUGUAGCUACCAAUGAAAUUUCAGAUGACAAUAAGACUUAAUAAGCACACGGUAUAAUGAAAGUCACUGAUCUGAAAUUCUGUUUGGACUUUUUGUGAGCUGAUAUUUUUCAUCGUUAGAAAUAGGAUACACACGAUCGCCUCCACAAUGGGUAUGGAACUUUUCGCUGUAGCUGUGGUGGUGCUUCUGUUUUUCAUGGUUUUGAAGCAAUUUAGCUUUUGGGAGCCGCUCUCUAUGGAGGAUGAGAGUGCAGAUGCUGAGCUGGAGCUGGCGAUGGUGAGACACCAACCUGAAGGACUGGAGAAACUUCAAGCUCAAACGAAAUUCACCAGGAAGGAGCUUCAGUCGCUCUACAGAGGCUUCAAAAAUGAGUGCCCCAGUGGAUUAGUCGAUGAGGAAACCUUUAAGGUUAUUUAUUCCCAAUUCUUCCCUCAAGGAGAUGCAUCCACAUAUGCACAUUUUCUGUUCAAUGCCUUUGAUAUGGAUCGAAAUGGUUCUAUACAGUUUGAGGACUUUGUGAUUGGACUGUCCGUACUGCUGAGAGGUUCAGUAACAGAGAAGCUUCAUUGGGCAUUUAAUUUGUAUGACAUCAAUAAAGAUGGCUUCGUCACCAAACAGGAAAUGUUGGCCAUCAUAAAGUCCAUCUAUGACAUGAUGGGCCGGUACACGUACCCCAGUGUGAAGGCGGAUGCACCAUUUGAACAUGUGGAGAAAUUUUUCCAGAAAAUGGACCGGAACAGAGACGGAGUCGUGACCUUAGAUGAGUUCAUCGAAACGUGUCAGAUGGACGGGAGCAUUAUGGCUUCCAUGCAGCUGUUUGAGAACGUUCUCUAAACCAGUGAAGGCCACAGCAUGAGAGAUCUGAUGUCAAGGAGAAGUGUGACGAUAUGUAUAUCAGUCUAACAAAUAUUUCACAGCCGUGUAAAAAACAUUAAUCUGAUACAAAAUUCUGUAUCGAUGUAAACUAUAAAAAGUGAGACAUUUACACAUUGUUCUGGUAAAAUCCUGAAGGUUCUGAGUUCAGAUUUGAACAGAAUUUCUCUGACUGAACAUCUGAAACUGCACAGUGACACUGGAGAGAGAGUGGAAGCUCAGAGACGUCUUUCAGCCUGUUCUGUUCUUUUCUUACUCAUCUGAACAGCAAUCCUUUCCAUUAUAGAAGCUCAAAUUAGCCACAACUGACCUCCAUUGAAAAGUUUGGAUUGUUAUGAGCAUGAAGAUCCUCCUCUCAGUCUAUGUUCCUGUUACA